AUGAUCUGGUUAUCGGAAAGACAGAAAUUUGGCGUGGGAUUCACUGCAGGAGGUAUCUUUUUCUUUCUAUUUGGAAUAAUAACUUUCUUUGAUCCAGGCUUUUUGGCAUUGGGUAAUUUGUUAUUCAUAAUUGGCUUGAUACUAAUUAUUGGUCCACAACGUACACUUUUGUUUUUUACAAGACCUACAAAGAUUAGAGGGACUGUUUUUUUUGCCUUGGGGAUCAUUUUGAUUUUAUUGAAAAGAUCGUUUAUUGGGUUUAUAUUAGAAAGUUUUGGAAUAUUGGGAUUAUUUGGUGAUUUCUUUGGCACUAUUGUUCAGUUUUUAAGGUCUAUACCAUAUAUUGGAGAUGUUUUGAAUUACCCUUUGAUUGCCCCAACAAUUGAUAGAUUGGCGGGAAUAAGUAACACUUUGCCCGUAUGA